AGAACAUCAGGCUUUGCGGAGUGAAAACGCGCCACCGUAUCGCUCCGGGCCCAAUGACCGCGCUCGACGCAACCGAAAAAUGUUGAAGGGAAACCUCGCGAGUUUUUCACAGUGAGACGAUUCGGCCGAACUGUUCGCAAAAAUGUACCAAUUAGUGCUAGUGCUGCUGCUCUUCGCGACCGCAAUACUGGCGGGCAUCAGCCACUUCGACGGGCCGGAGCAGUGCUCUUGGCGGCCCGACAACACGGAUACGUCCUCUUCGAAGCUGGCGGUUACGUGCAAAGUCAGAACGCUGGAGGAGAGCGCCAAUAUUACCGCUCUAUCCGCCGAAGUCACGUCCAGGUUGAGAAUAUUGUGCAGUGAUGUUUUGUUCUUCGAAAGUGCGCUUCCCACGCAAGUUCUACAACGGCUUCACGAGCUGGAAGAAUUGCAAAUUACCAAUUGCAAGAUCCUCACCGUACCGCCGAAUUCGUUCGAGGGAUUGUACAACGUGAAAAAGCUGACUAUAAAUACAUUCAACGCCGAUUGGAGUCCUGCUAAAGUAUUGGAGUUGAAUCCGUACAGCUUGCAAGGGUUGAAAGAGUUGCAAACUCUGGAUUUAACCGAUAAUAACGUCAGAGCUUUUCCCGAUGGCUUGUUCUGCUCGUUAACCAAUCUUCUAACUCUUAACAUAACGAGAAACAGAAUUAGAAAUCCUGAAAGGAUCGGACUGAACGUGCCGGAAUGUACCAACAGCGAGUUGCAAAAUUUAGAUUUGUCUUUCAACGAUUUGAGAAGUUUAUCGGAAGAAGCGGGAUUUUCGAAGUUGCGACGACUCCAACAUUUGUAUUUACAGAACAAUAACAUAACUGAAAUUUCCGGCGAAACGUUCGCAGGUUUGGUAUCGUUAAAAGUUAUUAAUUUAGAUAACAACAAAAUCGGAACUUUACCAGAAGGCCUGUUCGCCGGAACUCCGGAGCUGAAAGAAAUCCACAUAAUGAACAACUCUUUGUUCUCGUUGGCGAAAGGAAUUUUUCACAGAUUAGAACAAUUGUUGGUGUUGGAUUUGUCCGGUAAUCAAUUAACAAGUAAUCAUAUCGAUGCCGGAACAUUUUCAGGACUAAUCCGUUUAAUCAUAUUGAAUUUGUCGCACAACGCAAUCACUCGUGUCGAUAGCAAAACUUUCAAAGAUUUGUACUUCUUACAAAUUUUAAACCUAAGAAACAACUCCAUAGGAUACAUAGAAGACAAUGCGUUUUUACCAUUGUACAAUCUACACACUCUAAAUCUAGCAGAAAAUCGACUGAACACAAUAGGCGAACAAUUGUUUAAUGGUCUCUUCGUCCUCAGCAAACUGACGCUCAACAAUAACCUCAUCGUGAACAUCGAUUCGAGCGCUUUCCUAAAUUGUUCGGCUCUCAAAGAAUUAGAUCUCUCCUCCAACGCCCUUUCCGAAGUUCCGAUUGCCAUCCGGGAACUCUCGUUUCUCAAAACUUUAGAUCUCGGCGAGAAUCAGAUAUCGCACUUCCGCAACGGUUCGUUCAAAAAUCUAAAUCAACUCACCGGCCUGCGACUGAUCGAUAACAACAUCGGCAAUCUCACCAAGGGCAUGUUCUGGGACCUGCCCAACUUGCAAGUACUCAAUCUGGCGAAGAACAAAGUGCAAAGCAUCGAAAUUGGAACGUUCGAACGUAACACGCAAAUCGAAGCGAUACGCUUAGACGAGAACUUUUUAACAGAUAUUAACGGAGUGUUCGCGACGCUGGCGAGUUUGUUGUGGUUGAACUUAUCGGAAAAUCACUUGGUGUGGUUCGAUUACGCUUUCAUACCGAGCAAUCUCAAGUGGCUCGAUAUACACGGUAAUUUCAUCGAACAUCUAGCGAAUUAUUUCAAGAUCCAAGACGAAAUUCGUGUGAAAACUUUGGACGCCAGUCACAAUCGCAUCACCGAAAUAUCGUCGAUGUCCAUUCCGAAUUCCAUCGAAUUACUGUUUAUUAAUAACAAUUUCAUCAAAACCGUGCAGCCGAACAGUUUUUUGGACAAAGUUAAUUUAGCCAGAGUGGAUAUGUACGCGAAUGAUUUAGUGUAUAUGGACUUGAACGCGCUAAGGAUUGCACCAGUUGCUUCGAACAGAUCAUUACCGGAAGUCUAUCUUGGAGGUAAUCAGUUUCAUUGUGAUUGCACAAUGGACUGGUUGCAACUAAUUAACAACAUGUCGGCAUCCAGACAAUAUCCAAGAGUGAUGGAUUUGGAGAACAUCGUCUGCAAAAUGACGCAUUCUCGAGGUAUGACCCAUAUGCCUUUGAAUCAAGCUAAACAGAGCGAUUUUCUGUGCACCUACGAGACGCAUUGCUUUACUAUUUGUCAUUGUUGCGAUUUUGAUGCUUGCGAUUGCGAAAUGACUUGUCCCAAUAAUUGUACAUGCUACCACGAUCAAACUUGGAAUAACAACGUCGUUGAUUGUUCGGGACAGAACGCCGACGAAGUACCGCAAAAAAUCCCGAUGGACGCUACUGAAUUGUAUCUAGACGGAAACAACAUCAAGGAACUUCAAAAUCACGUUUUCAUCGGUAGGAAAAAUAUGAGGGUACUAUUUGUAAACAACAGCGGUGUAGAAACUAUACAAAAUAGCACUUUUAACGGUUUACAAACUCUGCAAACCCUUCAUUUAGAAGAUAAUAACUUAGCCGAAUUAAAAGGGUACGAAUUUGAGCAAUUAUCGAAUUUAAAGCACUUGUAUUUGCAUAAUAAUAGAAUUUCGGUUAUCGGUAAUAACACAUUGGAACCGUUGAUAUCGUUGGAAGUUUUAUGGUUGAGCGGCAAUAAAUUGGUGACUUUUCCCGUAUGGCAGUUAUCAGCGAACACUCGUUUAACCGAAGUUAUGCUGGGCAACAACCAGUGGUCUUGUCGCUGUAAAUUCCUGCAAGGGCUCACGGCGUGGGUAGCAGACAAUGCAGCGAAGAUAGUGGACAGUGCGGACAUGAUGUGCUACAAUCUCGACUCGAAGCCGCCGCAACGUCGCGAAUUGGACUUUAACAGUACGGCUUGCAGUGAUUUUUACGCCGGUAGUUCCGUCAUAGACAGCAUGUUAGUUUCCGAUUAUUGGCCGAUGGUCGUUGUAACGUUGUGCGUUGUAAUUUUCCUGCUGCUCGGUCUUGUGCUGUGGUUCGUUUUCAGAGAUCCGGUACGCGUAUGGUUGUAUUCGCGUUACGGCGUCCGUUUGUGCAGUUUCCGCGCAUCCGCUGCUAAGCAGUACGAGGACAGAGACAAAUUGUACGACGGUUUCGUUUGCUACAGUCCCAAAGACGAGGAAUGGGUGGUGCAAGCCCUGGCGGCGGAAUUAGAGCCGAAAUUCCAAUUGUGCUUGCAUUACAGAGACUUACCGCACACGGCGUACAUCCAACACGCGGCUCCCGCCGUCUUAGAGGCUUCCGAUUCGAGCAGAAGAGUGAUAAUCGUUCUAACGCGAAAUUUCCUGCAAACCGAAUGGUCGCGAUUCGAACUCAGACAAGCCCUGCACGAGGCGCUCAAAGGCCGAGUGUUUAAACUAGUGAUAAUAGAAGAAGGACCUUUGCCCGAAGUAGAGCUCGAUCCGGAACUAACGCUCUACACGAAAACCGCUCAACGGGUGAGAUGGGGCGAGAAACGGUUCUGGGAGAAGCUCCGGUACGCGAUGCCCUCCAUCGAGCCCAAAGGAAAAAUAAACGCGAACUACAGACGAAACAUCAACAACUACACGAUCGAUUCCAGGGUGGUAGCGAACGGGACGCACCACGGCCAUCACACUUACCCAGAGAAAAUCCGGACGCAGGGCCCGCCCAGUCCCGGCAUGCAGAUGUUACCGCCGUCGUACUCGACCGCCGUGCCCCAGGAGCCCGACGACGCCAACUACUCGUCGGCGACGACGGCCACGCCGUCGCCCAGACCGAUGAGGCGAGUGCAAGAGCCGAGGCCGAUAUCCGAUCACAUCUACUCGAGCAUCGAUUCGGAUUACAGCACCCUCGAAAGGGGCUCCGGGAGAAGAGGGCCCCCAUGGAGGCCUCAACACGUGAUGAUGCCGGCGGGGGCUAAUAACGGAGGCCAGGCCUAUCUUGUGUGAUAACUUAAUACGACUGACUAGGUAUAUAUUUAACUAUAUUACUCUCAAAGACUUAAUAAUACUAUUUCGAAGUCGACUAAAAAUGUGUAACUAUUGAUUCAUUUUGUAACUAUUAUUUUUGUAUAUUACUGUAUAUAGAUAUAUUUAUUUUGUUUUUAUUGAUUUUUUUUGUAUUAUGUGUAUAUUUUUUACGAAUUGCAAACAAAC